UUAUGUCUGUUUCCAUGAGAGAUUUGGAUCCAGCUUUCCAGGGAGCUGGACAAAAGGCUGGACUUGAAAUAUGGCGCAUUGAGAAUUUAAAACCAGUUGCUGUUCCGACUUCCUCCUAUGGGACGUUUUUCACAGGGGAUUCCUACGUUAUCUUGAAGACAACAGCUUCAAAAGGUGGUGCACUGCGUCAUGAUAUCCAUUACUGGCUGGGUAAAGACAGCAGUCAGGAUGAAGCUGGCGUUGCAGCCAUCAAAACGAUUGAGCUGGAUGCAGCUCUUGGAGGACGUGCUGUACAGUAUCGGGAAUCACAGGGUCAUGAAACUGAAAAAUUCUUGUCUUAUUUCAAACCAUGUAUAAUUCCUCAAGAAGGUGGAGUUGCCUCUGGUUUCAAACAUGCUGAGGCUGAGGAACAUACAACACGUUUGUAUGUAUGCCAAGGGAGACAUGUUGUACGUGUCAAAGAGGUUCCUUUUACACGCUCAACACUCACCCAUGAUGAUGUUUUUAUUCUGGAUACCAAGUCUAAAAUCUUUCAAUUUAAUGGUUCUAAUUCAUCUAUUCAAGAAAGGGCUAAAGCAUUGGAAGUACUACAGUAUAUAAAGGAUAACUACCAUGAUGGAAAAUGUGAUGUUGCCACUGUUGAGGAUGGAAGGUUGAUGGCUGAUGCUGAUGCUGGAGAAUUUUGGGCCUUCUUUGGGGGCUUUGCUCCUCUUCCACGGAAAACAGCCAGUGAUGAUGAUAAUACUGUUAAUUCUCAGCCUCCUAAGCUGCUAUGUAUUGUGAAGGGGCAGGCAGAACCUACUGAGAGUGAUUCUUUGACAAGAGAGCUACUAGACACAAAUAAAUGUUAUAUUCUUGAUUGUGGUUUGGAAGUCUUUAUUUGGAUGGGAAGAAAUACCUCUCUUGAUGAAAGAAAAAGUGCAAGUGCAGCUGCAGAAGAAUUAAUCAGUUGCCCUGAUCGACUAAAAUCUCACAUAGUUCGUGUGAUUGAAGGAUUUGAAACUGUGAUGUUCAGGUCCAAGUUUGAUUCUUGGCCUCAAGCACCUAACGUAACUGUGUCAGAAGAUGGUCGUGGCAGGGUGGCAGCGCUUCUAAAGCGUCAAGGAGUGGACGUCAAGGGUCUGUUGAAAGUUGAUCCAGUAAAAGAAGAACCUGAACCCCACAUUGAUUGCACAGGACGUUUGCAGGUUUGGCGGGUGAAUGGCCAGGAAAAGAUUCUACUUCAAGAUUCUGAUCAAUCAAAACUUUAUAGUGGUGAUUGCUAUGUCUUUCUCUACUCAUAUCCAGGAGAAGAUCGAGAAGAACAUCUUGUAAUGACAUGGAUUGGAAAGAACAGUGUUGAGGAAGAAAGAACUUCAGCUAUUUCAUUGGCAAGCAAAAUUGUUGAAUCAAUGAAGUUUAUCCCUACCCAGGCUCGAAUCUAUGAAGGGAAUGAGCCAAUUCAGUUUUACUCCAUCCUCCAAAGCUUUAUUGUUUUUAAGGGUGGUCUUAGUAAUGGAUAUAAAAAUUACAUUACGGAGAAGGAAAUUCCGGAUGACACUUACAAGGAAGAUGGUGUAGCACUGUUCCGCAUCCAGGGCUCAGGACCUGAAAGCAUGCAAGCUAUACAAGUCGAUCAAGUCGCUUCCUCCUUGAAUUCCUCAUAUUGCUACAUACUUCAUGAUGGGCCCACAGUCUUCACUUGGCUUGGGAGCCUUACGAACUCAGAUGAUCAUGAACUAGUUGAGAGGAUGCUGGAUUUGAUAAAGCCGGAAUUACAAACCAAACCACAAAAGGAAGGUUCAGAGUCGGAACAGUUUUGGGAUUUGUUAGGAGGAAAAUCAGAAUAUCCCAGUCAAAAGAUUGUAAGGGAUGCCGAAAGUGAUCCUCGCCUAUUUUCUUGCAACUUAUCAAAAGAAAAUUUGAAGGUGACAGAAGUAUACAACUUUUCCCAGGAUGAUUUAAUGACUGAAGAUAUUAUGGUCUUGAAUUGUCACUCAGAAAUCUUUGUCUGGGUUGGCCAGCAGAUUGACCUCAAGAGUAGAACGAAAGCUCUAACAAUUGGAGAGAAAUUUCUUGAGCAUGAUUUUUGUAUGGAAAAUUUAUCUCGUGAAGCUCUAAUAUAUGUUGUGAUGGAAGGGAGUGAACCACCUUUCUUCACUCGCUUCUUCAAAUGGGAGUCUGCAAAAUCUGCGAUGCUGGGAAACUCAUUUCAAAGGAGGCUUACAAUAAUGAAAAAUGGGGGCACUCCACCUUUGGAUAGACCAAAACGGAGAACAUCGGUGUCUUAUGGAGGACGGUCGGGUGGUGCACCAGAAAAAGCCCAGCGUUCUCGCAGUGUGUGCGCUACUCCUGAUCGUGUUCGUGUGAGGGGCAGGUCUCCAGCCUUUAAUGCGUUGGCAGCUGCAUUUGAAGGUCCCAAGGACAGAAACCUUUCAACCCCACCUCCUAUUGUUAGAAAGCUGUAUGCGAAGUCUCUGACGCCAGAGUCAGCAAAAUUGGCACCCAAAUCUGCAGUUAUAGCUGCACUAAGUUCCAGUUUUGAAGCAUUCCGUCCAUCAAAAGAAAAUUUUAUCCCUCGAUCAUUCAAAGUGAACCGAGAGUCCUCAAAGCCAGAGACGAGCAAUGGGAGAGAUUCUAUGGGCAGUAUAGAAGAAGAUAUGAAAGAGGGUGAAGCUGAAGAUGAUGAAGGUCUCCCCGUUUACCCAUAUGAACGUCUCAAAAUAGGAUCUGAAGAUCCCGUACCAGACAUUGAUGUGACCAGGCGAGAGGCUUAUAUGUCAGCUGAGGAGUUCAAAGAGAAGUUGGGGAUGACAAAAAAGGAUUUCUACAAGGUGCCCAAAUGGAAACAGAACAAACUCAAGAUGGCCAUUCAGUUAUUUUGAGUCGCAGCAUACCUUUCAUUCUAUCAGAUCCCUGUGGUUUAGGUUGCAGGGAGCUUCUGAUCCGAGUGUGAUCUUUAUUUUCCAGUGAGAAGAAACUGGUCAUAUGGAAGAGCAAAGGGACAGCAUCAGUGUAUUUUUUUUUUAAGGGUAGCUGCUUCUGCUCCCAACAAGCCUUUUCAUGAAGAAUGAAAAUUAGAGAUUUUUAGCAUUCAUUCUUUCUGGAUCUAGUUGCCUGGAAAUAUGUGUUUUGUAGAGCACAGGUUGUAUUUUGACAUGCCCCUUUUAUUGGGAUUUUCAUGUCAAUCUUCAUUCUUUGAUUCAAAUUUGUUUGGCAAAGUAACUGAACCUGCAAAUGCAGUCUACUUAUAGGUGUAAUGAUAAUUGAGGAUGAAGUGUGUGUGUGUGUACAGCUUUGUAAA